AGCGAGCAGAGUGCACGUGCAAAACGGUUAAAUGCGCACACUAAACGGACGCGCGUCCUGUGACAAGUUUUCACUGUGUGUGUGUGUGUGAGCGAGUGAGUGUUUGUGAAAGUGGAAAAUAUGUGAUUUUGAGUUUGCUUGCUGUUUUUUUCAUAUAUACAUAUAGUGAACAAAAAUUAGGCAAAUAGUACACACACAGCAUUCAAAUUGUGCACCUAAAAGCAUGCUUAUGCUUGAAAUUCGUUUACAUAGCCUACAUAUAGGCGCAUAAAUAUUAUGAAACAUAACAAUGCAUUGUUGAGUGUUUAUGCAGAUAAAUUCAGCUGAAUUGGAAGAAUCGCAGUGUGUCUUGCGGCUGCUGGCUGCAUUUUACGACGAAGACAAGUCACCAGAAAGAAAGAGCAUACAUCACUUUUGGAUGACAGUUCAAGUAACGAAUGAGCGCAUGCAAACAAGCGAUACGCAGUAACAAUGGAUGGCGAACCGAUGUCAUUCACUACGUUGGCGCUGCUGCUGCUGUUGGUGAUAGCAUUCGUGAUGUUUGCCUGCCAUUGUUUGGGACCGCGUGCAAAUACAUGGAUGCGUUCGAAUAAGGAGGAGAAGAUAGGACUGUCGAAAAAUAAACUAUUUCAUGCGAAUGGUUAUAUGAUUCAUUCGGGCUCGGAAUUUUUGCUCAGCAAUAGCGGUAGCUUUAAGCGUUUCGAUACUAUCGACAAGGACGACUACCGACAGUCGGGCCAACAGCCAACACAGCAUGCCACCACACCGCUGUGGAACCUCGCUGGCGAGGGGGAGGUAGACUCCAAUAUACCGCCACAACCACUGCGUCCUGCGCCAGCACCGGGCACACAGCCGCCCGCCAGUGCAGGACAUAUAAAGACAGUGACAUUUUCAUUUCAACAAAUCAAUGAGACCACGCCGUCGAAUCAUGAAACGAACUCGCAUGGGCGCGGCAGUAGUACGGAUACGCCAUACAAGCGUUCUUCAAUGAAAUGCACGAAUGCGGCCAUACCAAAACCACUUGAUGCGCCACCACCGCCACGGCUGUCGGCCUCAUCGUCGGCAUUGAGCGCCAGUGCCAUACCGCGACCCGUGGCCAAGCGGCAGGUUUCAUUGCAAAAUGUUGGUAAUGGCGGUGGUGCUGCGGUCAUGGUUGGUGGACAUAUGGAAACAAUCAUAACAACUGCAACUACAAUACAGGAAACUGAAGCUUUAUCCUCAACAACAACAGCAACAACGACACAAGCCAACACAAAUGGCCAAAACACACACAAUCAUCCGAAAACGUUGAAGCGUCGUAAUUCCAGCACAAAUCCCUUUCUAUGUGAAUCCGCUGAGAGCUUACCGGAAUCAAACACUGCCUUACAACAACCACAACAACAGCAACAUCAACAACAAUCACCACAAUGCAACACAAAUGCGAACAUGCUAAAUAAUGCCAACAACAAUAGCAACAAUCUAAAUGGACACAUUAGCAAUGGCGGCAGCGAUGCUCCAUCACCAACAACAACAACAGCAAACAUAAAUGGCUCGUGUAAUCCCUUUUACAGCGAGUCAUCGCCUCGUGCAACAGACGCGAUAACGGUUGACACCAACAAUCCAACGCCCACAUCAUUGAGCGCGAAAUCACUACAACAACAAUUUCAAGAAUUCCGUAAUCGCUCCUUUUCCACGACAGAGGCGUCGGAAGACUCCGAACUCAAGUCACUUUCAAGUGGACUACGGCGUCUAACACAAAACUCUACGAACCCCUUCACCGGCUUGACGCAGCGCGUACAAAAGGGGCCACACAUGCUACAGAAAACCAUUUCCGAAGACUUUCUCUUCCGCAAAAUUGGUGUGAAUGCAGGUGGCGGCGCACACAACACACAUGGCACCCCAAGCGCGAUUGGCAAUGGCAAUACCACCUGGACCUUUGGCCGUUCACUGUUGCGUCAAGAUUCCCUAAUGAGCCUUGGACGACGCAAUAGCUCACAAUGUUCACUCGAUUCGACGACCUGCGGUUCGAUGGAGGGCAUCAACUUGGAGCGCGCCAUCUCAUGUGACUCGGUGAACUCGGACACAUCAUCGGUGUUUGUGGGCGAAUUGGAUCAACCGUAUACACAGAUAACCGGCUAUCUGUGUGUUGGCUUGCAAUAUGACAAAAAUUCCAUUAACGACGAGGGCAUGGAGCUCACUGUUAUGGUGCUGGAGGCAAAGGGGCUAAUUUGUCCUUUUAACGUCGAGUCGUUAGACACUUUUGUGCGCAUUUAUCUUGUGCCAGACGAGGCAGCAGCAAUGCAGACGAAGGUUUUCAAGGACUCCGUCACGCCCAGUUACAAUGAAACAUUUAAUUUCUGGCUAAAGAAGCAACAGGGACGCCACUCGCUGUGGUUUCACUUGUAUCACAAUGGUGAGGCGCACACGCUAAUCGGCGAAGCAGAAAUGGAAAUCGGUGAAAUGCCACGCCCCGUCACGACAUGGAUACCACUAACCGAUUCGCGCAAAUGCAAUGCACAAUGGGGUGAGCUAAUGUUCUCACUGAGUUAUUUACCAACAGCGGAACGCCUUACGAUUGUUGUGGUGAAAGCGAGAAAUUUAAAAAUGGAAAUCAAAGAAAGUGGCAGCAAAGCGACAGUACCACAACAAGUGCAACAGGUUUUCGUAAAGGUCUACCUGAUGAACAACGAGAGGAAGGUGCUGAAGAAACGCACUUCACUCAAGCGUCGCGAACGCAGUCCCAUCUUCAAUGAGUCGGUGAUCUUCAGUGUGCCACCAACAAGCCUCACCACCGUGCAGUUACGGCUCACCGUUUUCGGUGUGACCGAAGCGGACGAUGGUGGACCGCGCAUAAUGCCGCUGGGACAUGUGAUAGCGGGCGCCUGUACAACGGGUAAGGGGCUACGUCACUGGCAUCAAAUGCUCUCUUCGCUACGCAAACCGGUAGCCAUGUGGCAUGUGUUGCGACGUGCCUCCUACCAACCGAUCUUUACGGGAGGCGCCGAAGCAGUCGUGGCGGCCAUGCAGAGCACAGCCUUACGUGCCAAGCGCAACAGUAUUAUCUAA